AUGUCACUACUUAGAUUAAAUGUGUGCGAUAGUGUAACUGGUAUUUGUUUUUAUGAAAAGAUAUGGAAAUGGAGUGGUACAUCAAUUGCAGAAGGUAUUUGUAAAUUAGUACUUACAUUUCAUAAAUUAUCAAAUGAAGUUGGUGACACUGGUGAAGUUAAAGGUGUAUUAUUUGAAGCACCAACCACCCAAUCAAAUAAUUUCUAUAAUAAUACUUUAAACAAUGUAAAUAAUAAUAAUAAUAAAGAUAAGGAUAAAGAUAAUAUGAGCGGAAGUAUUGGAAAUAAUAAUAUAACGAAAGAUAAUGGAUCAUCAAAUUCAUCAUCAACAACAACAUCACCAACAUCAUCGAAUAAUAAUAAUAACAAUAAUAACAAUCAAUCAUCAGUAUCACCAUUAAGUACAUCAGGUGGUAGUAUAGUAGGUACACCAACAACUGUUACAAGUAAUAUUAGACAUUCAUUUCAUAGUAGAACACCAUCGACAACAGGUUCAUCAAGUACAGCGAAAAGAAUAAAACCAACUGCAACAGCACCACCAAUCAGAUUAAGUUGUGAAAAGGAUGAUAAAACCAAAGUUACCGUUAGUGUAUUUUAUGAACAUGCAGAUAAAGAAGAUCAAGUUAAAACCUUUCUCUUGGAAAUCCUUCAAGAAUUUGGUGCUCAAUACUCCACUAAAUUACCUGACCUUAGACCAAUUCUCUCUGAAAUGAGUGAAUUCCCUGAAACUUGUAAAACAAAACCAGAUGAAAUCUUAUCAAAUUUUAAAGAUUUUGAAAAAAUUUUAGAUAAAAUUAAAAUUCAAUCAAAAUUAGAUUAA